ACACGCACUCUCUCUCUCUCUCGCGCGCGAUAAGAGGCAGGCCUCGUUUCUCCGCAGAAUUCGCGAACGUUGAGCAAUCGCGCGAGUGUCCCGCGUAGCGAAAAAGCGCGUUUCUCUCUGCGUCGCGUUAUUACGAGAUCCCGCACGGCGACGUGUCCGUGGCGCGAACGUGGUGACGAUGAACGGGUCGACGCUAUGUAGGGCACGACGAUAUCGGGUCGGGUGCCCCGAGCGACCGAGCCUCCCGUUCGCUCGGCUCGACGAAAUAUGGAACGCGAAGCGCGUCAGAUGAUCGAUCCUCGCUCGCGGUUCUCGUACGUUAGCGAGAGGCAUUUGUGAUCCUAUUUUAAACGGGUUAAGGUUGUAUUUAAAUGGGCGAGCGGUGAGAUCGGUGCUCCCCACUUGGACGUUUGGAACUGUCGGAGCGGUUGUGUGAAUUCUACGAGUGAAUACGCUGUCUGCAGUGUCUGCGUUUUGCCACCCAGGAAUAAGCUCGACUAAUCCAUGCACUUGUCCGUCUUAGGUUAGAUGACGGACUCAAGGUAGUCCUUCCGCCUGGUAACAUGUCAGAUGGGGUUGACGGUGGUGGUGGGGAAAACGAGGUAGACUCCCAUUCCUCUUCGCAAGCCGAGGCCGGAGACUCUUCUAAUCACAGGGAGGAAGAGGCGUUAGAUCCCGACAACGAGGCCGCUCUCAAUACAAAUUAUGACAGCAGCGAUGGAGCUGUUCCCGCGUUCAGAUGUGAUAGAUGCGACAAUUAUGAAACUAUAAACAAGACAGCUUUCUCCGCUCAUCAAGAUCAAUGUCUGGCGAGCGGCGAAGCUGGGGAGAGCACUGAAGGUAUAGAAGGGACAGAGAAUGAUGGGGAUGGAGAGGAGGGUCAUUCGGGGAUCAGGUCUCACAGAAAGAUGUUUGAAUGCGACGUCUGUAAUAUGAAAUUUUCAAAUGGAGCUAACAUGAGACGACACAAAAUGAGGCAUACAGGCGUGAAACCGUACGAAUGUCGGGUAUGUCAGAAGAGAUUCUUUCGGAAGGACCAUCUUGCGGAACACUUUACGACGCAUUCAAAAACUUUGCCAUACCAUUGCCCGAUAUGUAACCGAGGUUUCCAAAGACAGAUCGCGAUGCGCGCUCACUUUCAGAACGAGCACGUUGGUCAACACGAUAUGGUCAAAUCGUGUCCUCUCUGUAAUUAUCGUGCGGCAACCAUGAAAUGCCUUAGGUUGCACUUCUUUAAUAGACAUGGAAUAGAUUUAGAUAAUCCAGGACCAAAUAGCUCUACGUCCAUAAUGAAUAGUUGCACGUCUGGGGAGGCGAUGCCUUCGGCACCUCUGUCCGACAGCGGGGACAGCACUGGCAACCGUUCGACCGACAACGCCACGCCCCCCAUGCAUUUCCUUACGCCCCACGUGGAGAUAUCCAUUCCUUACCCCGAACAAGCUGCCAAUCAACGAAAUCCGAGUCCUGCCCCGUUGAACGGAGACAGCCCCAAUAGUCCGCAGAGCGCUGACAGCAAUAGCAACGCGCCGAGCAGUAGUCAUCAUCAAUUAUCUAUCAAUAGCAGUACCAUUCAUAGAUCGGAAUUUCACAAUUUUCUUAGGAACGUAGGCGGAGGUGACGAAGCCAUUACACCUUCGAUCUCCCUGAUACCCAUCAAGCAAGAGCCGAAUAGCAACGGUAUGGACGACAGCGGAGCGACGUCGAGCAAUCUACCGUUACCGUCGCUGAUCAAGGUGUCACCGUUGAAGUCGUUGCUGCGCGACGAUCUACGUCGCAAGUUAUCCACCAGCUCCACCAAUAACAAUAACAACAGUAGUAACAGCGGUUGCGGUGGCGGCGUUAAUUCCAAUCCACACUCGAGGGGCGAACCACCGACCUCGACUAGGCCAGAUCCUCGCACGAGCGGCCUCCAGUGUACCCACUGUCGCAUCACGUUUCCGGAUCAGACGUUGUACUUCCUCCACAAAGGUUGUCACAGCGAGAGUAACCCGUGGAAGUGCAAUAUUUGCGGGGAGCAGUGCUGUAAUCUGUACCAGUUCAACUCGCAUUUACUGAGUAAGAGUCAUCAGUAGCUGGGAGAAGAAGGCAGAGAGCUACUCGCAGUUAAAAAAAUUUUGUCUUUCCUCUUUCCGUUUCUUCUACUUCUUUUCUUUUCCUUCUUCGUUGAACAAGACAAAAUAUAUAUAAGGUAAAGGUACCAAUACCCGGACACUUAAGCAUAGGAAAUGUACCUCUGUGUCUGGAUACCUUUAAAAAAAUAUAAAUUUUUUAAAAUAAACGUUUGGCUAUUAUAACUGAACAAGAAAAAAAUACUUUUAUCUUUGAUUUUAAAUCGCGUUAUACUUAUAAAUAAUAAAGGUGUCCGGAUAUAGGUACAUCUCCGGGUAUUGGUACCUUUACCUUACGGCAGGAGAUUCGGUACGUAUGUCGUAUGUAACGUACGUUCAGUGUUCAUUAGCAUGAAGGUAUAAGUAUUUUCUGCGACGUGUUCAGACAUACUUCUCGCCAAAAAUACUUUCGAAAGCCGCAAGAACGCGCUUGCCGAAGCAUGACGGCGAGUCAACUGUAAAUUGAAUUGUAAAUUAUUCUUAAGAAUUCGAGAGAGAGAGAGAGAGAGAGAGGGUAUGUCUGCUCUUUCAGAAAAUAAUGUACAAAGCGCGACAACUUGUGCCUUUCCUUUAAAAGAGAGAAAAAGGGAGAGAAAAUUGCGAGAUAAAAAAAGAAAUUGCCAACACACACUCGUCCAUCAUGCUGUUAUAUUGUACGAACUAUCCGUCCAUAGGGCUUUAUCGAGAUAUUCCGAGCUCUAUCAUUAGUCUUAAAUUAGUAAAAUAAGUAUAGAAAUGCGACGGGGCACGUUGCAAAUCGCUCCGUUGAUAAUUGCGAAAAGUAAUAUAUAUACAUACAUAUUACAUAGCUAUAUAUACAACAUAUAGCUAUGUCGUACUUUUUUGCGAAAAAGUACAUUAAAAUUUCAAGUAGAUAGAUAGAGAUUUUAGUUGACGCUGUGCGGUUUGAAUGCUUAAGACAAACGCGGCGACACGGAUAUGGUUCAGUGAAAGUCUAUUUUACAGACGCAAAGAAAGAGAGAGAGAAAAAGAAAGCAUUUAUUAUUGUUUUAAGGCCAGACUGUCUAAGGACAAAGAAAAAUUGUGCAUAUGUAAAGUGAGAAAAAGAAAUUUAUAUCUAUAUGCAUAGGUUUAAAUAUUUAAGACCUAUGCGCGUAAAAUUUAUAUAAUAGAAGAAGAAAUACCACGAAUAAUCGAAGAGUUUAUCCUUCAGUGACUCCCAUGAUUUGGAUUUCCACGCAAACUCAAGAAGAAAUGACUGUUGAGAAAUUUUACAAAUUCGGAAGAGAAUUUGAAGGAUCCGAAGCGUUGCGUUUGUCAGAAGCACAUUGACGCGGCGUAUAUCCCGUAUCGAUACACGUGGAUACCGUUGGAUCGCGACGAUUUCUCGGCUGCGACGUGGUCAAUACCAGCAGGUAUCGUCGCGAGUUCCAUUUAUUCUUUCUCCCUUAGAUGGGAACGUUGCGUCGCAUCAGUGAAGAACCGUGGAGCGUGGAUGUACAGGAAAACACAAAAGCUAGCCGGGCGUGCGUUAUUAAAUAUUAACACGAUAGGGGGGCAAGUUCGAGAGGUGUGACUUUUAGCCGAAGGCUCGUACGUACCCGGGCAGGUAUCUCGAUGUCCGUUCGCUUCGGCCGAGGUUAUCUCUCUCCGCCUUUCUCGCCUUUGAUCCGAUAAAUAUUUUAUAUAUAAAUAUUUGUACAGAAAAAGUAUUAGAGGAGAGAGAAAGCACGAAGGGAAAAAAAUUGAGAUAGCAUAUACAUAUAUAUAUAUAUAUAUAUACACGUAGAGUCACGUACAUAACAAACAGCAGACACAUACACACAGAUAUAUGUAUACACGGACAUUUAUAUAAAUAUAAAUAUAUAUAUAUAUAAAUAUGUGCCGUCUCUCACGCAAUGAGACGAAGAGAUACACGUACACGCGGACACUGCUGUAAAUGGUUGUAGUUAUUUAAAUAACUAUUCUGUAUAUCGCGUAAUAUUUAAUACGAUUAUAAUUAUUUAUUAGAAUCUAAGUAAUUUAUUAUUGCUUUGCAUUCCAAGAGGACCGGAAACCACGGGACUAUACGAUUAGAUAAGCGAAUCUCUUAGCGUUAACGGUGCUUUUCUUAACAGAUGCCGAUGCCGCAUUAACAUGAUUCACAACGGGCGAAUUUUCACGUGUAAAAAAAAAAGAAGGAAGAGGAGGAAAGGAAGAAAAAAAAAGAAACGAUGAGCGCGUCGGGAGAUCCAUCGGGCAGAUCUCGCGCGUAAACGAAUGCAACGUACACAAAUUAUUACUAUCUUCGAUCGAUAUAACGUAUUUAAGAGCUGUCGCGAAACUACCACUAUUUUGUACGCAGGGCACGUAUGUUCAUUAUUAGGGACACGUUCGUCAUUCGCACUUUCGAUCCUUAUUAUUAAAGCAUCAUUGACGUACAAAUCUUUUUAGAUACCUUUACAAAAGAAAAAAAAUAAUGCGCGCGCCUGUCGUACUCUCGUGCGGCUCCUCGGGGCGGAAUCGUGAACAAAAAAAAGUGCCUGAUUGGGAAUAAUUCAUCGAGGAUAAAAGAAAGUUGCGUGUAUUCGUGCGAGAAGAUGAACGGAAGAACUUGGUCGAAGAGAAAGAGAGAGAGGAGAACGGAGGGAGAGAGCGAAAGGUGUGAUUUAAAAAUACUGAUAUACAGGACACAGGAGCGUGUGUUAACCCGUGUUCACCGUAUGUGCUUACCGCUUUAGCGUAUAUAGCGACGCCUUUACACUGUGAUCACGUUUACAAAGAAAAUAGUCUUAAAGCUAGAAGAUAGACGUAAAGGUAUAUAUCUUAUAGGGCAAGCGAGAGUACGACGGGCACAUCCUUGAGUGUAAGACAGGCGUUUAGACACCCACGGACAAGCCACCCACACCCACCUUGUCCCUCCCCCCUUGACCCUCUUUCCCCCUACCUCUCCCCCUCCCACAAUUUAUUUAUACAUACGAAUAAAGAUAUAUUUAAAUCGAUAAGAAAAUGGAACAAAAAAAAUAUUGUUGAUGUUACUACGGUGUAAUGGGUACAAUCUAAAUACAUGAAUAUUAUGUAUAUAAGGAAUA